UAGGGCUGUGGACGGAGAAGGAAACUUUGUUGCUAUAGCCUGGAUAGAGAGAUAGGCUGUUCGUACCUAUGGCCUGCCUGCGUGCGGGCGCAUCAGGAGGAGCGGGAUACGAUAACGUGCGCCUACUCCUAGGUACUCCGACCUUCGUAACUACUCGGCUAAAAGUACAGUAUAGCCAAAAACGCUCUACAAAGGAGGAGCAAAAUGCUCUAAACCGCCCACCGCCCCGCAAGAGAAAAGCAUGAAAAAAGAAAAGAAAAAGGAAAAGGGAAGCCACGGAAGCGGCCCUCGACCCCAACGACGAGAAGAGCGCGACGUGACGCAAGCGUGUCUCGUCUCCGCAUCUUGGGCCGGCGGCUCGCAACGCCGCAUGCGGCAGCCAAGGCUCCGAUCGGGCCAAUCGGUCACGCCAGCGCGGGGGGUUGUGCGUGCGCGGGAGCAAGGCAGCACGAUGACGUCGGUGUCGGCGUCGGGGUUGGGGUUCGGGGGUGCUGCUGCUGGUGCGGUACCUGCGUGUGUGCGUCGGGGGGUUUGGUGGUGGUGGAUGAGAUGGGCUGGGGUGAUGGUAAGGGAGGAGGGUGUUAGUGUUGUCUGUACAUACUGGACCUACUGUGGGAGGAGAGAGAGAGAGAGGAUACGUGUAGGUACGAGUAGAGAUCGAGGACGGGGAGACGCGUCAGGGCGUGUGGGUGUUCGUCAGGGUACUCUCUAGACUCUCUAGACCAGCGGGCCGUCUCGCGCGGGACACUGGCAACCAUUUCCACGGAUCGUGGAGAGCGGCGGACGGAUCAGCUAUAGCCGGCCAAAGCCAUGCGGGCAGGCGUGCAUGUGGUGCGAUUUGAUGGCAGACCUACCCAACCAGCCAAAUAAAAUGGAGAGGUGGCGCGCGGCCGU